AUGUCGAAUCAUAUGCUCGCGAUCUGUGAGAGCCAUAAGAGAGCAGGAGGCAAGACUGCUACUAGACCUUCAGUGUCUAAUGCGAAGCAUGGAAAGCUCAAAAUGAAGAUCGAAGCAGAGGAGGCAAGGGAGCCCUCGACUCCUCUUCCCAUCCGCGACGUGUCUGGAGAGGAGAAUCAGGAGUGCAACACCAGCGACGACGCAGCUUUUGUCUUUGAUGCCAAUCUAGUCUCUACUUCCGUCUUUGGCCCGUACGGAGCCUUCAACAAGGCCCCCGAGCCCCCUCUUUGA